ACCUGUGCCAAAGAGGCCGAGGGCGGACGCAAUUUCGCUUGGGCGCAACACCAAAAACCGACAUUUACGCACGGUGAAAAUUCAAUCGGGCCGUUUUUUUUAAUUUUCCGAGCCGCGCCUCUUCCUCAAUCCUCAGACGCGCUGGCCCGUUUCGAUUCCGCCGGCAUGAAAAUCCUAGAUGUUUUUAUCGAUUUUGCCCGACUCGGUCACUAACUGCUCGGGCGAGCCGAACCUAGAAAUUAAUUUACCGAUGAUUUAAUUUUAAUAUUAAAUUAAACAGACUUCUACGAGGAUUUAAGGGCCUUCGAAGAUUUGCCGUCUCUCCUGCCCCCCUUGCUACUCAAAGGCCCUCUUCGCAAGGUUAGAAAGGAAGACAAAGAAUUGUUUAGUGGAUUACUAUUCAAGCCGAAGUGAUGAAUGAAGUUAGCAAGCCGAUGGAGCCACCACACACUCGACCCACCAGCUUACAGCACCCCAACUCACUCCAAUUGAGCAACACUGCAAGCCCGGCAAGUCCGACUUCGCCUAACGGUCAGAAUAAUGACGCACACAUACUGAAAUCGCAACAUUCAAAAAUAGAGACGAUAAAAAACUGGAGCAUUUCUACUUACAAAUGCACGAAGCAGUUAAUGUUUGAAAAAUUAGGAAAGACCUCUCGGACGGUAGAUACAGAGCUUGAAAGGCAAAUUGAGCUUUUACGUGAUACACAAAGGAAAUACUCAAAUAUCCUCAGGCUUUCAAGAGCAUUAGCUAGUCAUUUUUACCAUGUUGUUCAGACACAGCAUGCUCUCGGGGAAGCGUUUUCUGACUUGGCUCAAAAGUCCCCUGAGCUCCAGGAGGAAUUUUUGUACAACUCUGAGACACAGAGGAAUUUGACUAAAAACGGGGAGACGCUGUUGAGCGCGCUUAACUUUUUUGUAUCAUCUGUAAAUACGCUAUGUAAUAAGACAAUAGAGGAUACUUUAUUAACAAUCAGACAAUAUGAAUCUGCGAGGAUAGAAUACGAUGCAUACAGGACAGAUGUUGAAAUGUUGGCACAAAUGCCUCGCUGUGAUGCGACUACAGCGAGGCUAGAUGAGGCCCAGCAGGCUUUUGAAGCACAUAAAGAAACAUUUGAAAAGCUCAGGUCCGAUCUGACUGUCAAACUGAAAUUCUUAGAUGAAAAUAGGAUUAAAGUCAUGCACAAACAACUACUGCUGUUUCACAAUGCCAUUUCAGCUUACUUCUCCGGCAACCAACAGGGACUUGAGGCUACGUUAAAGCAGUUCAACAUUAAGGUCAAGUCACCCAACUCGUCCAUUCCAUCAUGGUUAGAGCAGUAGUAUGACGCUCUGGGGCAUGUAGUACAAGGAGGGCGCAGCCCACCCUUGCCCCUAGUAGCUGCUGACUUGCCAGCGCUUCUUAACCCCUGUCUGUAUCACUAGGCAGGUGGCAAAUCUGAAGAGACAUUGAAAUUAAAAAAAAAAAAAAAAAAAUAAUAAGAAUAUCCUAAAAGGGAUCAUUGUUAUUUUCAUUAUGUAAUGUUACUUAAAAUAUGUGCUUAAGUAUGCUUUUUACUGUGAUGUGAGUACGAUUGAUUAUUAUUUAUUUUAGGUUCAUUUAGUCGGUUUUUUAAUAUCUCACCGAUUCUUGUGGGACUUGUUUGUAACCUUUGAUUUCUAACUUUGCCUAUAUUUUCUCUCAAAAAAAAUUUGUUUUUGUUUUUUUCAAAAACAAACAAAUCCCACUUGUAGAUGUUUCAACGGUUUUAAAAGCCAUAAUCUCUUUGUCUAAUACUUGGUAAAAUGAAACGGGGUGAAAUAAUAAUCUAAAAAGCUUGACCUAUAAAAGAACAAUGUAUGUGAUUGUAUAUAUAAUUUUAUAAAGUAAAAACCACAAUGAAUACUUCGCUAACUGCCUCAUAUUUAACUCUCUGUUACACUUAGUAUCUAAAUAAUAGCCCUAUUUAACUAUUUAGUGGAGAAAGAUUUUUUUUUUAAAUCAGUUCAGAAUACCAGGGUUGCUAAGUAAUUUAAUGCAUUCAUAUCUUGGUACUUUCAAGUAAAUGUGUAGUAUGUGUGAAACAUGAAAGUUAAAGUUAGAUAUAAAUACUGUGUGAUAGUAAUAUAGUCAUUUUUUAUAUCCAAAAUGGGUAUGCGUAUAUUUAAAACUUGUCCUAAGCUUUUUGUCGAAUGUUAAAGAAUGAUAACUUCUUAUUUUAGAUUGAAAUUUGUAAGAAAAACUACCUAAAACGAGCUGCCUGCCUGUACGACAGCAAUUUAGUAAUUAUAUUAUCAUUAAAUUCGAUAAUGUUAAAUUGUACAAUUUUAAACAUUCCAAAUAGUUUCAAAGAGAAAUAAAACGGGAACAAUUUGUAUCAAGUUUGAUCAAUACUGGCCAUAUCUGUACUACCAGUGCUCAAAAGAAUCAGUCCAGAUGAAAUUUCUUACAAGAAUUCCAGAGCAAAAAAAAGGUUAUAUCUCCCUGAAAAAUCCACAUUGUUGCAUCUAGCUGAAAAAUCUGUGAUCUUAUUAUUUCCACAUCACUGUUUUUUGUUUUGUUUUUCAAAUUUUCCUAUGAAACUUAAUCCACAUCACAGUAAAAAUCGAAUUAAAAAAAAAAUGCCAUCUCUAAGCAAGUUUCAGUAUUAUUUUCAAUAUUGUUUCUCAUUCCAUUGAUAUGUAUGCAUGCACUCUGCAACACUGUAAGGAAAAGGAUGGCAUUAUAAAAAAAAAUCUUGUAGUCUAAGGGAUAUUAGAAGCCAUUGUCGUUACACUUUUAUGCUGUAAUAUCACCCUUUUCCUAUUUAUUUAUUGAUAUAAAACCAAACUUUAAAACAAAAAUGUGCAAAAACAUAUCUAGUCAGACAAUGGAGUCACUUGAAGAAUUAUUUUCCUUGAUAUUUUAUCAUUUCAUUCCUUCUUUUAUAAAUAUAUAUACAUAAUUAAAUGUUUAUGAGAUAAUUUAUAUUAAAUGUUUGUUAGAAAAUGUUUGAGGUGACACUCGAUUUAUUUUAUUAUUUUUUUAACAGAUGUUCUAAGUCAACUUUUUGUAAUGUUUCAACUGUUGAGGAAACAUGCAUUCUCAUUGUUGCAUCAGAAAUCUCAUCACCUUUUAUCUUUCAAAAAAAAAAAAAUUGCCUUUCCAAAAUAUAAAACUCGUAGCAGAAGAAUGAGGACUAAUGUUAGAGCCCACUUCUCAAAAUGAAACUGAAAAAGAACAUCCCUAUAAUUAAAGUAAGGAAAAGAACUAUUCAUUUUAAAAACAAUGGCUUUAGAUACAAUAAAAAAAAUAAGUGUACCUUAAGAAAAUUUAUUUACAAAAACAAAUAGUUAUAGCAAGGAGUCAUUAAAAUAUUUGGAUAUUUUUUGAAAUUUAAUGAACAAUAAAUUAAAUCUACAAAAAAAUAUAGAUUUUUCUAAAAAGACCAUGAGCGAGCUGAAAUUUGAAUAGCCAAGUAUUUAAACACAAGGCAUUUAUAACAAUAUACACUAUAAAUUAAUUAUUAUUAUUACUAUAAAUAUUUAUACCAAAGAAGCAAGUUCAUUUGUGUACUGCAAUAAAUCAUAAUUAUAAAUUAAAUUAUGAAAACAA